GUAGCUGCUGAUCCGAUUCCUCCUCCAGUGCCAGGAUGUUGUGUCCCAGUGUCUUCCAGCCGUCCCCCGUCACCAUGAGUCCGUCUAUCCUGGACGUGCACUGGCCCGUCCGCAGCCUGUGGCCCGAGACCCGGCCGCUCUUCUACCACAUGGAGCAGGAGAUGAUCCGCCACGUGCAGGAGAUGAGGCAGAGCAUGGAGUUCAUGGAGAUGCUGCACCAGAAGAUCUUCGAGGAGAUCGACCAGACCUCGCCGGCCUUCACAGGGAGCUUCAGGCCCAUCGCCUUCCAGGAGCUGGCGAGGGAUGGUGGCAGCUUCGCCCUCAGCCUGGACACGAAGGAGUUCUCCCCGGAGGAGCUGUCGGUCAAACAGGUGGGAAGGAAGCUGCGGGUGAGCGGCCGCACGGAGAAGAAGCAGGAGGACGAGAAGGGCUCUUACGCUUACCGGUGUCAGGAGUUCAGGCAAGAGUUCGACCUGCCAGACGGCGUCGAGCCCGAGGCCGUCACCUGCUCGCUGGUGGGGGGCCGGCUGCAGAUCCAGGCCCGCCGGGAGAGAGCGGUGCAUGAUGGGAAGGAGAGGGUUGUCCCCAUCAGCGUCGCCUCGGCCCCGGCCAUCACGUCCUCAGAGAACCAGAGCAGCCCAGUGGAGAAAAACUGAACUGAACACAGAGGGAAGCGUCCCGUCUGACAACGUCUCCGUAGUCUGCACUUUUAUUUUUAGUUAUUAACUAUUUAUAAUGAACGUAUUGUUCCAUGUAAUGUUUCAAAUUGAAAUUGUCUUUAUCACUCUU